UGUAUAUCGAUCAUCAUUAGUGCUUUAGUAAUUUACUUGUUAAGAAAAACAUUAUAUGUUCGAGAGUUAAGAUAUGAGUUCUAUGCAUAGAGAGGGUGUUCAAAAACAAAUACAUCAAGACUGGGCGAAUCGUGAAUAUAUCGAAGUGAUAACCGCAAGUAUUAAGCGGAUAACGGAUUUCCUUAAUUCAUUUGAUAUGUCUUGCCGGUCACGUCUUGCUGUUUUGAAUGAAAAGUUGUCUACGCUGGAACGACGAAUUGAUUAUCUGGAAGCAUGUGUAACUCAAGGAGAAACCCUUACAUGAGUUCAGAGUGUAAGAUACGGUUAGCCAGUCUGAUGGAAUCAUGGACGCCAUUUUUCCUACAUGCGUGUGAUUGGAGUAAUAAAUUUCACAACUAACACAAUAU